AUGUCGGAGAAGACUGAUGUCAGCCAGCACACACGUAAGCAGGAUGUACUCUGCUCAAGAAGUGACUGUCCAGUGAAUAGUAUAUUAUUUGAUAUGCUUUACUCUGAAGACAAUACUGAUAAUGAGCAAGAAGAUUUGCCUUAUGAUGGAGAUCUACAACAUAGAGAUCAAUGUAGUUGUGAUUCACAGAAUUUGGAAGAAUUUAUUUCUUUAGAACAUGUCUCCCCAACUGUUUCCACAUUGACAUCUUCUAUCAGCAGUCUGUCAAAAGAAAAUUCAGACUGCAAAAAGCAAUUGUCUCAAAGGAAAGUAAAUACAGUGCUAUUGACCAAAAAAAAUGACAUAGAAUUUACCAUGACAACAGGAAAGGAAAUACAAGUUGGCGGUUUUACCAGUUCAGGAAGAAAUGAAGAGUUUUCCAACUCAAAAAUGUCAGAUGUCCUUUUACGUCAUUUUCCAACAGAAGACUUAACAUACCAAUUAAUUGAUUCUGAGACUAUCCCAGAGAUAUCAUUUACUGACAGUUUUGAUGAAACAGUGCUAAUAAAAAAUAAGAGUUCAGAAAAUACAGGGAUAUUUUCCCCAGAAGAAGAAAUAAAAUAUAGUGAAAGGAAAGUAAGUUGUAACUCAAUUGUCAAAAAUUGGGAUUUGACUCAAGAUAAGCUAUCUUUAACAGAUGAGGGUACUCUUGUUUGUAACAGCAAAUACUGCAACAUGGAUGACUCACAAUUUCUAAUUCAGAAGGAACCUGGCAGACUUAAUGAAGACUUAAAUUAUACUUCUACCCACAAAGAGUAUCAAAAUCAGCAAUAUUUUCUGGAUAACACUGAAAAUUUUCAUAGUCCCCAAUGCAAUGAACACCAGGUUUAUUAUAGACUUGGCAAUUCCUCUGAGAUUUUUCCAAAAGUCAAAGAAUUAAAAAGAAAUAAUGAAAGCUUUGUAUUUAAAAGAACUAAAUCUUCCACAGAUUUGCUUGGUAAAGAUGUUCUAGAAGCAAUUACAUUUUUGGAAUCUGAUACAAACAGAAAUCAAGAUGACCAAAAUGGAACUUUUGAACUUGAUCAACAGCUAGAGCUCAUAAGAUUUAAGGAGAUUUGGAGACCCGAAAUGGUGCUGACUCCUGUCUUACGUUAUUGUAACAAUGCAACUAAUGUUAUGCUGAAAAUAUUAACCACAUUCAAAAAAAAUUUACUGCACCUUUUCAAACUACAGGUGCUGACAAGACAAGCUGAGGUUCAAAAUCAUAUUGAUCAACUAAGAUUUGGUUCUAAGAUACCUCCUUGUUCAAAUUCACAUAUAGCAGAAUUUAGUAUUGAAGCACAAAGUACUGGAAUAGCUUCCAAAAUGUCUGCCUUUUCUCCUGCAACCAUUCCUAUAGAGCACAUGUUUGAUUUUUCCCAGGCCCCUCAUCCAGUUGAUGCAGUAAGACAACCAUCUGUGAACACUCCUCUUCUGCAAAAUAUAACAGAUGACACGGAACAGAUAUUAAAGAAACAAACUGAAGAGCUGAAAGUAAAUGUUGAAAUAUUUUCUGAAUGUAUUAAACAGAAUGUAUUUUCAGUACAAGAACACCUUCAGUUUUUGCAACUUUUAAAAGAACAACUGGAGCAACUGGAACAUAAUUAUGUAGCUACCAAGGAAAAGCAUUAUGCUUUGCAACUUCAGAACCAUAACCAUUCAUCAAGAACUAUUGGAAAAUUUGAUCCUAACAGAAAAGUAGAAGGGGAAAUAUUUAAACUUGGGAUGUUCCUUGAAGAUAUCAAAGAGAAAAUUGAGAAGACGUUUGCUUCAUAUUCCUCAACAUAUAUAACAUCACCGUCACUCAGAUCCCACCCAUCUCCUAUUUGUUCAAGCUGUUCUGCGAGUCCUUUGAUUACAAGUACCAAUGAAUCUCCAAAAAGAAAUGUUGCCGAACUAAAUAUUUCCCAAAAUGAGAACUACUGGAAGAAUAAAAAUCAUCCUAUAGAAGGAACUCUACAAAAGGCAUAUAAAAAAUCUAUACAAGGUGACAGCAACCAUCCAUUCCAGCAAAUUCAUCUGGAAAUGCAGAAAAAAAAUAUCCAUUUAAGAACAAUGUCAUCUGUGGACAAAACAAGACAACAAAAAAAUAAGCAUAUUCUUAUUGAAGAAUUUGACCAAUACCACAGAUCCCAUAAAACAAAACAGAAUUACAACAAUGAACAAGAAAAUACACAUAGGAAUUUAAAUGAUCUUCAAAAAAGAUCUUCAGCUCUAGCAAAUUUAAUCAGCAAAGAAUCUAAUGAGGUUGAUUUCACUUUACUGAAUGAACAAGGAAGGUCAGCUUCAGAUAACGUUGAGAAAGUGAGACAUUCUAUCGAUAAGUCUAAAAUUAUUAUACAUCCUACAUUGAAAAUGCAGUUAUCAAGAAAUAAAAUAUGUUCCUGUUAUUCUAAUAGAAAUAAAACAGAAUACAGAAAAGCAACUAGAGGACAUUCUGAUUGUGAAAGAUUUCCGAUCUUCUUUGAAGGAAAACCAGUGGAUUUAGAUGUAACAGGUAAUGAAAUAGAAGACAUUUCAUCCUGUGACCUACAAGGAAGUUCAUCUAGUAAAGUUGACCUGAAACAUCAACUUAAACAUCAUGGAUCAUGGAUCCAUCAUGGACAUAAAGAACUAAAUAAAGGUUCAUUGCGAAAGAAUAGCCUUGCCCAUCAAAGGAUUUGUAAAGAACAGAGAGAAGAUUUUAUAGACAAAUACUGUGACAGACAGAAUCUAUAUAUUCCCCAAACCCACUAUUCAAAGAUGCAUGAUACCGUUAUCCUUUCACCACAGUACCUCUCUGGUAGUAAUAUUAAUGGAAGGAAGUCAGUCAGUAAUAGGAGAAAAAGGCAAAGUAAAGACAUAAAUAGCACGAUAUUAAACUGCACUUUGGAUAAUGCUAUACAGAUGGCAAACAAUUUGAAGACAACAACAGAGCAUAUGAUGCAAGCUGUCUCAGAAGAUUUAGCCAAGGUCAAAAUUCAGACAUUAUCCAAUGGCACAGCUCAUCAGUACUGACAGUGUAUUUUGAAGACUAAUAAAUUAUAUCUAGAAUAGAGGUAUUCCAUCCAAAAUUAAAAUAGACUACUGGAAAAAGAAACUUCUCAUGUUGGUUUUGAUGUAGCUAAAUUCUGUGUCCAAAUAAAUCUAAUUAUUUUCACGGA